UGUGCACAUACCCGCCCCCUGCACACGUCGCUUGGCUGCCGAACCGGCUGCUUUCGAGCAACGUUAACUGCUCCUAAUAGAUGUAAUUUUGAUAUAAACUCGCCAAUUACUCAGUUUUUUCUUACUUUCUCGUAGCUUGGCAGCAGAGAAAGUAUCCGUGUUGCCUCGCAGCAACAUGGAAACCCGGCGGAGAGACGCCAGGGAUAAUCCGUCGGUCAAAGCUAAUCUUCUUUCCAGGAUUUUUUUCUGUUGGUUGAAUCCCUUGUUCAGAGUCGGCCACAAGAGGAGGCUAAGUGAAGAUGACAUGUACAAGAUUCUUCCCGAGGACGCAUCGGACAGACUUGGGGAUGAGUUACAAUGGUACUGGAACCAAGAACUCAAGAUGGCCGCAAAAGAUCUGCGCCAGCCCAAACUUACCAAAGUCCUAAUUAAGUGUUACUGGCGAUCGUACGCUCGCAUCGGAGUAUUCAUCUUUAUGGAGGAAAGCAUCAAAGUACUACAGGCGUGGCUACUCGGGAAGGUCAUUGGGUACUUUGAGAACCCCAACGCCACAAGCCCGGCUGCGGUCUACGAGGCCUACAGCUAUGCGGCUGGCAUCGCCUUGUCCACUUUUUGGGCGGCUCUGCUCCACCAUCUCUAUUUCUACCAGGUGCAAAGAGCAGGCAUGAAAAUCCGCGUGGCCAUGUGUCACAUGAUCUAUCGUAAGGCUCUCAGUCUUAACAACACAGCGCUAACAAAGACAACGACGGGACAAAUUGUCAAUCUAUUGUCCAAUGACGUCAACAGAUUUGAUGAGGUAACUUUGUAUCUACACUAUCUGUGGAUUGGUCCUCUGCAAACAGCCAUGGUUAUAGUAUUGUUGAUGUAUUGGAUCGGCCCCUCAUGCUUCGCGGGCAUAGCCAUCAUUUUUGUUCUGAUCCCAGUGCAGACCAUGUUUGGAAGACUGUUUUGCACUCUGAGGGCUGAAACUGCAGUCCUGUCUGAUGAUAGAAUACGCACAAUGAGCGAGGUCAUCACUGGGAUACGUGUUAUAAAGAUGUGUGGGUGGGAGAAAACUUUUGCUGCUCUUGUGGAUGAAGUCAGAAGAAUGGAGAUCUCCACGGUAAUGAAAAGCUCCUACCUGCGUGGCUUGAACAUGGCAUCCUUCUUCGUGGCCAUCAAGAUCAUCAUCUUCAUCACUGUCUGCGUCUACGUGCUGACAGGCAACCUGCUGUCCUCCAGUACCAUCUUCAUGGCCAUGUCCCUCUUCGGCGCCAUAAGACUGACCAUCACACUCUUCGUUCCUUAUGCCAUCGAGAAGGUGUCUGAGUCCCUCAUUAGCAUCCGCAGAAUCAAAACUUUUCUCCUUCUGGAUGAAGUUGCUCCUCAGCAUUUGGGGCUUCCUGUGGCAGAGAAGAAAGACGCUAUGUUGAAGAUUCAGGAUUUGAUUUGCUACUGGGACAAGAUUCAAGAGGCUCCGACCUUACAGAAUGUGUCUUUGAACGUGAGGCCCGGUCAGCUGCUUGUUGUAAUCGGUCCUGUUGGAUCAGGGAAGUCUUCGCUCCUCAGUGCCGUCCUGGGAGAGCUGAGUCAGGAGAGCGGUGUGGUCAAAGUCAGGGGCGCUCUGACUUACACUUCCCAGCAGCCCUGGAUCUUGCCCGGCACCAUUCAAAGCAACAUCCUGUUCGGCAAAGAGCUUAACCGCCAGAAGUACAACAGAGUCCUGAAAGCGUGUGCCCUCAAGAGAGACAUGGAGCUGUUGCCAGGAGGCGACUUGACACCGGUCGGAGACAGAGGGUCUAACCUGAGUGGAGGACAGAAGGCGAGGGUCAGCUUGGCCAGAGCAGUGUACCAGAAUGCAGACAUCUACCUGCUGGAUGACCCUCUCAGUGCCGUGGAUGCUGAAGUGGGCAAGCACAUCUUUGAAGAAUGUAUCUGUGGACUUUUAAGGAACAAGCCACGUGUCCUGGUCACUCAUCAGCUGCAGUAUCUGAAGGCUGCACAUCAAAUUGUUGUCUUAAAGGAGGGUCAAAUGGUGGCAAGUGGUACUUACGGCGAGCUGCAGAGCUCUGGUCUGGACUUCUCCUCGCUCCUCAAAGAGGAGGAGAGUCAAGAGGAAAGACAGAGCAUCGCCUCUCGCUACCCUCGUACGCUCUCUGAUGACUCCGUGUCCAUGUCCUCCUCCCACUGCUCCCUGAUGGAGGAGGAGCCACUCACACUGGCCGCGCAGCCCAUGGACGAAGAAUGGCGCUCACACGAAAACAUCGGCCUGCAAUUGUAUGUGAAAUAUUUCAGAGCAGGCGCCAACUUCCUGGUCCUCUUCCUCCUCAUUCUACUCAACGUUCUGGCACACGUGACAUUUGUGCUUCAGGACUGGUGGCUUGCUUUGUGGGCCUCCGAGCAGCAGAAGCAGCACGUGAACAUAACACAGCACCUCAAUGGCAGCCUCCCUGCACAACUGGACCUUGACCUGUACUUAAGUGUUUACGCAGGUUUAACGGCCGCAUCUGUGGCGUUCGGCUUCGUUCGCAGCCUGGUUUUCUUCAGCAUCUUGGUGAAAUCAGCCCAAACCCUCCACAACAGCAUGUUUGAGGCCAUACUUCGGACUCCUGUGCACUUUUUUGAAAUUAAUCCAAUUGGAAGAAUCCUCAACAGGUUCUCCAAAGACAUGGGCUACCUGGACUCUGUGCUGCCGUGGACGUUUGUGGACUUCACCCAGGUGUUCCUGCAGGUGUUUGGCGUGGUUGUAGUGUCCUCCAUAAUCAUCCCCUGGAUCCUCAUCCCAUUCGUCCCUCUCUUCGCCGUUUUCCUGUGUCUGCGGCGCUACUUCCUCCAGACCUCCAGGGACAUCAAGCGCCUGGAGGCUACCACUCGGAGUCCCGUCUUCUCCCACCUUUCUUCUUCUCUUCAAGGCCUCAGCACCAUACGAGCAUUUAAGGUUCAGGACUGGUUUCAGAAGAUGUUCGAUGACUAUCAAGACCUUCACUCAGAGGCUUGGUUCCUGUUCCUGACCACCUCGCGCUGGUUAGCUAUACGCCUUGACGGGAUCUGUUCUAUUUUCGUAGCAGUUACUGCUUUCGGAUGUCUCUACUUCAGGGAAGUAUUGGACCCUGGUGCAGUGGGCCUGGCUCUGUCCUACGCGGUGACACUGACCGGCAUGUUUCAGUGGGGCGUUAGACAGAGUGCGGAGAUUGAGAACAUGAUGACAUCCGUAGAGAGACUUGUGGAGUACACAGAGCUGAAGAGUGAAGCAGCUUGGGAGACCGACACCAUGCCACCCCCUGAUUGGCCCACCGGAGGCUUCAUCACUUUUGACUCGGUCAACUUCUCCUACAGUGCCAAUGAUCCACUGGUCCUCAAGAACCUGACUCUCGUCUUCACGUCCAGAGAAAAGGUGGGCAUUGUGGGACGAACCGGCGCUGGUAAGAGCUCUCUGAUAUCGGCCUUGUUCCGCCUGGCUGAACCCGAGGGCAGGAUAGUGAUUGAUGGUUUCCAGACGUCUGAUGUUGGCCUGCAUACUCUUCGCCAGAGGAUGUCCAUCAUACCGCAGGACCCAGUUCUCUUCACGGGCACCAUGAGGAAGAAUCUGGACCCUUUCAGGCAGCACACAGAUGAGGACCUGUGGAAUGCACUCCAAGAGGUGCAGAUGAAGGCCGUGGUGGAGGAACUGCCCAAUAAGUUGGAUACCAUGCUGGCAGAGUCAGGCUUGAACUUCAGCAUGGGCCAGAAGCAGCUGCUAUGCCUGGCCAGGGCCAUCCUGCGGAAAAACCGCAUCCUUGUCAUCGACGAGGCCACGGCCAAUGUGGACCCAAGAACCGACAGCCUGAUCCAGCAGACGAUCCGGGAGAGGUUUCAAGAGUGUACGGUGCUCACCAUCGCUCACAGGCUCAACACCAUCAUCGACUGUGACAAAAUACUGGUUCUGGACGCAGGCAAAGUCCAGGAGUAUGACGAGCCUUACGUGCUGCUCCAGAACGAGGACGGGCUUUUCUAUCAGAUGGUCCAGCAGACAGGCCGAGUCGAGGCCGCCUCGCUGCUCGACACAGCCAAACAGGUUCACGUGAACAAACGGCGGCCGGGAGAAUCGUGCUGCCUCAAGGAUGUAGGUGUCAUCUUUGAGACGUCUCUCUGACACUUUGGAGAGUGGCUUUGACCUCCUCCGCGCUCGCCAUUACAGAGCCCCGGUGGGAGGGUGCAUCCAUCCGACUACAGUGGAAUGUUUUUUUUGUUUGUUUUUUUAAAGGCGGCUGCAAUUUGAUGAGCUCAGGUGUGAAACAGACAGCGGGGCUGUGCCUUUAUUGAUAGCGUGAGUUGAUUGAUGGCACCUUGCAGUGUUGAUGUAUGGUCUCUCCGAGCCUCCUGGGAGGCUUCAAUCCUGUGCUGGUGCUCCAAAGAGUGCUCACAUUAAAUGUAUGUGCACUGACUUUAUAGACGCAGACUAUCUCGGCAUCAUUUGCACACACACACACACACACAAAAACGCUUCACAAGACCACGAGAAGGUCUUAUUUUUCGUGCCUGCUUCUUUUGACUUGUUUGCACUUUUCUCAAUAAAUACUGUAGGUCUUCCUGCAUAAGUGAC